AAACCUGAAGGAGAAGAUGGUGGCGAAGCAGAGGAUCCGCAUGGCCAACGAGAAACACAGCAAGAACAUCACUCAGAGAGGAAACGUGGCCAAGACGCUGCGACCACAGGAGGAGAAGUACCCCGUGGGUCCCUGGCUGCUCGCCCUCUUUGUAUUUGUUGUGUGUGGAUCAGCCAUAUUUCAGAUCAUCCAGAGUAUUCGUAUGGGGAUGUGAUUCGCCAGGAGUCUCCGGAGCCCCGUCCCCCUCCUCAUGCCCUCACUGAGCCCGGCCAGCCCGCCGCCUUGCACACUUGUGAAGCCCUCGCCAACCCCACCUCCCCCCCCCCCCAACCUCCACCCCACCCCCAGAGGACCAGAGACACACACCAGACCUCAGAGAGAGAGAGAGAGAGAGAGAGAGACGCUUCCCCACACCCACCUCCACGCCCUCCUCCCUCCAUCAGUCUGUGGUACUGACAGCUUUUCUAUGGACAGUCUAAAACCACACCGGCUGGAGACCAUGUGUGUGUGUGUCAUUAUUUACUCAGCACCUGUCUGUGCGUGUGUGUGAGUGUGUGUGUGUGUGUGUGUGUGUGUGUGAAGAUGUGAGACUGUGCCGCCAGUGAUCCCUGCUAACAAUGUGCCAUAGCCUGUCAGCUCCACUGUUGGUUUGUGAGAAGGAUGUUUUUUUCAAAUAAAUGUCGAGCAUUUACCGGGCGCCCACUUCUGGAUCGUGCUUUUCACGGAUUGACGCUGCACACGUUUGUUCGUUGGCUCGCUCUCACACAUCCUCCCGUCG